UGGAAAUACCGUCUCUGAAAAUUCUCCGAAACUAUUGAAAAUGAGGCGCAUCAGUUUGUUUUCGUUAGGACAGACUUUAGAUGAAGAUGGCAUUCAUUUUCUGCAUUCCAAUUACACAUCAGCACAAGCCAGAAGCAUUACUAAGCACAGAAUUUCUCCCACCAUCAAUUCUACUUGCGAAAAGAGAAGCGUCAUCAUGUCUAAUAUUACCAUUGAUCCAGAUGUCAAACCUGGUGAAUAUGUCAUCAAGAGCCUCUUUACUGAGUUUGCUAUUCAAGCUGAAAAGAAAAUUGAAGUUGUAAUGGCUGAACCUUUGGAAAAACCCCUGUCUAGAUCUCUUCAGAGAGGUGAAGAUCUUCAGUUUGAUCAGUUGAUAAGCUCUAUGAGCUCAGUAGCAGAGCACUGUCUCCCCUCCUUACUACGCACCUUGUUUGACUGGUACAAACGCCAAAAUGGAACUGAAGAUGAGUCUUAUGAAUAUAGGCCUCGGUCCAGCACAAAAUCUAAGGGAGAUGAGCAGCAACGAGAGAGAGAUUAUCUACUUGAACGAAGGGAUUUAGCUGUAGAUUUUAUUUUUUGCUUAGUUUUAGUAGAAGUUCUAAAACAGAUACCUGUUCAUCCAGUGCCUGACCCUUUAGUUCAUGAAGUUCUAAAUUUGGCUUUCAAGCACUUUAAACACAAGGAAGGGUAUUCAGGGACCAACACUGGAAAUGUCCAUAUCAUUGCAGAUUUAUAUGCAGAAGUGAUAGGUGUCCUUGCCCAAUCAAAGUUUCAAGCUGUUAGAAAAAAAUUUGUUACAGAAUUAAAGGAACUGAGGCAAAAGGAGCAGAGCCCUCAUGUGGUACAAAGUAUCAUCAGCUUAAUUAUGGGGAUGAAGUUUUUCAGAGUAAAAAUGUAUCCUGUGGAAGAUUUUGAAGCAUCAUUUCAAUUCAUGCAGGAAUGUGCACAGUAUUUUUUGGAGGUAAAAGAUAAAGACAUAAAGCAUUCACUUGCUGGUUUGUUUGUAGAAAUUCUCAUCCCUGUUGCUGCUGCUGUUAAAAAUGAAGUGAAUGUGCCAUGCCUGAAAAAUUUUGUGGAGAUGCUCUAUCAGACAACUUUUGAGCUGAGCUCAAGAAAGAAGCAUUCUUUGGCUUUAUAUCCAUUGAUCACCUGUUUGUUGUGUGUCAGUCAGAAGCAGUUUUUUCUAAAUAACUGGCAUAUCUUCCUACAGAAUUGUCUGUCUCAUUUGAAGAAUAAAGAUCCGAAAAUGUCUCGAGUUGCACUGGAAUCGCUAUAUAGAUUGUUAUGGGUUUAUGUUAUUAGAAUAAAAUGUGAAAGCAACACUGUAACACAGAGCCGUCUGAUGGGCAUAGUAUCUGCACUUUUUCCAAAAGGCUCUCGCAGUGUGGUCCCUCGAGACACACCUCUGAACAUAUUUGUAAAAAUUAUUCAGUUCAUUGCUCAGGAACGUUUGGAUUUUGCAAUGAAAGAAAUUAUUUUUGAUCUUCUCAGUGUGGGAAAAUCCCCAAAAACCUUCACUAUUAAUCCAGAGAGAAUGAAUAUAGGUCUCAGAGUCUUCCUUGUGAUAGCAGACAGUUUGCAGCAGAAGGAUGGAGAGCCACCUAUGCCAACUACAGGGGUUGUCCUUCCAUCAGGAAAUACUCUCCGUGUAAAGAAAAUUUUUCUUAAUAAAACUCUGACUGAUGAAGAAGCAAAAGUUAUAGGAAUGUCAAUAUACUAUCCUCAAGUAAGGAAAGCACUAGAUAGCAUACUUAGGCAUCUAGACAAAGAAGUUGGAAGGCCAAUGUGCAUGACGAGUGUACAGAUGACCAAUAAAGAACCUGAAGAUAUGAUCACGGGUGAGAGGAAACCAAAAAUUGAUUUGUUUAGAACUUGUAUUGCUGCUAUCCCAAGACUGAUUCCAGAUGGAAUGAGCAGAAAUGACCUUAUUGAACUGCUUGCAAGGCUGACCAUUCACAUGGACGAAGAACUGCGUGCACUGGCUUUCAAUACUUUGCAAGCAUUAAUGCUGGAUUUUCCAGAUUGGCGGGAAGAUGUUUUGUCAGGAUUUGUUUAUUUUAUUGUCCGUGAAGUCACUGAUUUGCACCCUACUCUCCUGGACAAUGCAGUUAAGAUGUUAGUGCAGCUGAUCAGUCAGUGGAAACAAGCAGUCCAAAUACAAAACAAGAACCAAGAAACUCAGCGUGGCGUAGCCAAUGGAACUGCUCCUACCCUUUCCCUGGAAAGGACCCCUUAUUCUAAUGUGUUCCAUGUGGUUGAAGGCUUUGCGUUGGUUAUCCUUUGUAGCACAAGAUCUGCCACUAGAAGACUAGCCGUCAGUUGUCUUAAGGAAAUAAGAGCUCUCUUCACCGUUUUAGACAUGACUAAGGGUGAUGAUGAGUUGGCCAUAGAUGUAAUGGACAGAUUGAGUUCAUCAAUUCUGGAGAGUUUCAUACAUCUCACUGGGGCUGACCAGACUAUGUUAUUGUACUGUCCCAGUUCAAUAGAUUUACAAACAUUAAUUGACUGGAGCUCUUCUCCUAUCAGCCACCAAUUUGAUGUCGUCAGUCCAUCACAUAUAUGGAUAUUUGCACAUGUGUCUCAGGGUCAGGACCCCUGGAUUAUUAGCCUUUCCAGUUUGAUGAAACAGGAAAACCUUCCAAAGCACUGUCCCACCGCCGUGAGCUAUGCUUGGAUGUUUGCUUAUACCAGGCUCCAACUGUUGUCCCCCCAGGUUGACAUAAACAGCCCUGUGAAUGCCAAGAAAGUAAAUACUGCCAUCAGCAGUGAUUCCUACAUUGGGCUCUGGAGAAACUACCUGAUUCUUUGUUGUAGUGCCACAAUGUCUACGCCAUCUUCUGCAUCCACAGGUUCCGUCAGAUGCUCCCCUCCUGAGACGCUGGCAUCCACUCCAGAUAGUGGCUAUGGCAUUGAUUCAAAAAUAAUUGGUGUACCAUCCCCUUCAUCUUUGUUUAAGCACAUUGUUCCAAUGAUGCGCUCUGAGAGCAUGGAAAUUACAGAAUCCCUUGUGUUGGGUCUUGGCAGAACGAGCCCAGGGGCUUUUAGGGAAUUAAUAGAAGAGUUGCAUCCUAUAAUUAAAGAAGCACUUGAAAGAAGGCCAGAGAAUAUGAAACGACGUAGGCGGCGAGAUAUAUUACGUGUGCAACUUGUACGAAUAUUUGAACUGUUGGCAGAUGCUGGUGUCAUUAGUCACAGUGCAAGUGGCGGCCUUGAUAAUGAAACACAUUCCUUAAACAAUACUUUACUGGAGUAUGUGGACCUUACCAGACAACUGCUGGAAGCAGAAAAUGAAAAGGAUUCUGACACCCUGAAAGAUAUCCGUUGCCAUUUUAGUGCCUUAGUGGCAAAUAUUAUUCAGAAUGUUCCAGUGCAUCAGAGAAGGAGCGUCUUUCCACAGCAAAGCCUCCGUCACAGUCUGUUUAUGUUGUUUAGCCACUGGGCUGGACCUUUCAGCAUCAUGUUCACUCCCUUGGACAGAUACAGUGAUAGAAAUAUGCAGAUAAAUAGGCAUCAGUACUGUGCAUUAAAGGCGAUGUCUGCAGUGCUGUGUUGUGGUCCAGUUGCAGAUAAUGUAGGACUUUCACCAGAUGGCUAUUUAUACAAAUGGCUAGAUAAUAUUUUGGAUUCUCAGGAUAAAAAGGUGCAUCAGCUUGGUUGUGAAGCAGUUAUGUUGCUGUUGGAACUCAACCCUGACCAGAGUAACCUCAUGUAUUGGGCUGUAGACCGUUGUUAUACAGGCUCGAAGCGUGUAGCAGCCGGAUGUUUUAAAGCCAUAGCCAGCGUAUUCCAAAACAGGGAUUACCAGUGUGAUACUGUUACUCUUCUCAAUCUUAUAUUAUUUAAAGCAGCUGAUUCUUCUAGAGCUAUCUAUGAAGUUGCUAUGCAGCUUUUGCAAAUCCUAGAGCCUAAGAUGUUUCGCUACGCUCAUAAACUGGAGGUUCAGAGAACUGAUGGACUAUUGAGUCAGCCUUCACCUUUGCCACAUUUAUAUUCUGUGUCCUAUUAUCAGCUCUCAGAAGAAUUAGCAAGAACAUAUCCAGAAUUAACUCUUGCAAUAUUUUCAGAGGUAAGCCAGAGAAUUCAAACAGCACAUCCCUCUGGAAGACAGGUGAUGCUUCACUAUUUGCUGCCGUGGAUGAAUAACAUUGAAUUAAUGGAUGUGAAACCUUUACCCACAAUUCGACGGCAAGAGGAAGAGGAAGAGGAUCUUCUAAAAGACAGAGAACUGAUGGUGAACAGCAGGCGCUGGUUGAGAGGCGAAGGUUGGGGGUCACCCCAGGCAACUGCUUUAGUUUUAAACAACCUAAUGUAUAUGACAGCAAAGUAUGGUGAUGAAGUGGCUUGGUCAGAGAUUGAAAAUGUUUGGAUUACUCUAGCAGACAGUUGGCCAAAGAAUCUGAAAAUAAUUCUGCAUUUUUUAAUCAGCAUUUGUGGAGUAAAUAGUGAACCCAGCCUUUUGCCUUAUGUGAAGAAGGUAAUUGUUUACUUGGGUAGAGAUAAAACCAUGCAGCUUUUGGAAGAGUUGGUGAGCGAAUUACAGCUCACUGAUCCCGUUAGUUCUGGAGUGACACAUAUGGAUAAUCCACCCUAUUACCGUAUCACUUCUAGUUACAAAAUCCCUUCUGUCACCUCAGGAACUACUUCCAGUAGCAAUACAAUGGUGGCACCCACAGAUGGUAAUCACAAUAAGCUUACAAAAGAUAGUAUUGAUGAAAGCUACAUCCACCUGGAUAUCUAUAGUGGAUUGAACAGUAAUCUGAACCGCCAGCAUCACCGGCUAGAAUCUCGAUACAGCAGCAGUUCAGGAGGUUCAUAUGAAGAAGAAAAAAGUGAUUCGAUGCCAUUGUAUUCGAGCUGGCGACUUAAAGUGAUGGAACACAAUGAAGGAGAGCCAUUACCUUUUCCACCUUCAGGGGGUUGUUGGUCACCAUUGGUGGAUUAUUUGCCCGAAACAUCAUCUCCUGGCAUGUCUCUUCAUAGGUGUAACAUAGCAGUGAUUCUGUUGACUGACCUAAUAAUUGAUCAUAGUGUAAAGGUAGAUUGGGGAAAUUAUUUGCAUCUCUUGCUUCAUGCCAUUUUUAUAGGUCUUGAUCAUCACCAUCCAGAAGUAUACGAACACUGUAAACGCCUCAUGUUGCAUUUAUUGAUAGUGAUGGGCUCUAACAGCAGUGUCCAGGAUGUGGCUUCUAUCCUUCUCAGGAACAAGGAGUUUAAUGAACCCCGGGUGCUCACCAUCAAACAAAUAGCACAUUUGGAUUGCAUCUUCACAGGUGUUAAUGAUUUUAUACCAGAUCACCAGCCCUCUCCAAUGACAGACUCAGGACUCAGUUCAAGUUCUACCUCUUCUAGCAUCAGUUUAGGAAAUACAAGCGCUGCCAUUUCUCAGAUGCAAAGCACCAUUCUCAAUGAAGUUGAUCUUUCAGGAGAACAAGAUGAAAAAAUGAAGUCACUUAUGGAGUUUAUUACUUCAAGAAAACGUGGGCCACUUUGGAAUCACGAAGAUGUUUCAGCAAAGAAUCCAAGCAUAAAGAGUGCUGAGUUGUUAACUAUAUUUCUAAAGCAUGUUGUUUCUGUAUUCAAACAGUCAAGUUCAGUUGGAUUCCAGCUGGAGCAGCACCUUAGUGAAGUUGCUCUGCAGACUGCACUUUCUUGCUCUUCUCGACACUAUGCUGGAAGAUCUUUUCAGAUUUUCAGAGCACUGAAACAGCCUCUUUCAGCAAAUACGCUUUCUGAUAUUCUCUCCAGGCUUGUAGAAACUGUUGGAGAUGCGGGAGAAGAAGCUCAGGGUUUUGUCAUCGAACUGCUUCUUACAUUGGAGUCAGCUGUGGAUACAUUGGCAGACACCAUGAAGCAUUAUGAUCUUCUCACUGCACUUUCCCAUGCUUCCUAUUAUGACCCAUUACUGGGGAACAAAUAUGCAGCAAACAGAAAGAGCACCGGUCAGAUAAACCUAAGCACAAGUCGUGGUAACUCUGGCAACUUUGUAGGCUAUUACAGUCACGUGAAAAGCAAUUCUUUGCGACUGAGUUUGAUAGGUGAAAGGAAGAAUGACCGACGGAGGAGCAACACGCUGGAUAUAAUGGAUGGAAGGAUAAAUCACUCCAACAGCUUAGCAAGGACUAGAAGCCUUUCCUCCCUGAAAGAGGGAGGAAUGCACGAUGUGCAACCUACUACUGAUCCUGUCAAUCUGAUGGCCACCAUAUUCUGGAUUGCAGCCUCUUUGCUGGAAUCAGAUUAUGAAUAUGAAUACCUCUUGGCUCUCAGGCUCCUCAAUAAACUUCUUGUUCAUUUGCCUCUGGAUAAACCUGAGAGCAGGGAGAAGAUUGAACAGAUGCAGAGCAAAUUAAAAUGGAAUAACUUUCCAGGCCUUCAGCAGUUAUUCCUGAAGGGCUUCACCUCUGUGUCGACCCAAGAAAUGACAGUUCAUUUACUUAGCAAACUCAUUACAGUUUCCAAGCAUAUGUUGGUGGAUCCAUCCCAAGUAGCAGGAUUUCCUCUUAACAUAUUAUGUUUAUUGCCUCAUUUAAUUCAACAUUUUGAUAAUCCAAGUCAGUUCUGCAAAGAAACAGCUGACAGAAUAGCGAAGGUUUGUACAGAAGAGAAAUCCCCAACUCUUGCUAAUUUGGCUCAUAUGAUGUGUUUAUACAGCACACACAGUUAUUCCAGAGACUGCUCUAAUUGGAUUAACGUAGUGUGCAGAUAUUUGCAUGACUCAUUCUCAGAAACAACUUUUAAUCUGAUAACCUACCUUGCAGAGCUGUUAGAAAAAGGGAUCUCCAGCAUGCAGCAGUCUUUGCUACAAAUCAUUUAUAGCCUUUUGAGCCACGUUGACCUGUCCACAGCACCGGUGAAGCAGUUCAAUUUGGAGAUCAUAAAGAUCAUUAGCAAAUAUGUACAGAGUCCCUACUGGAAGGAAGCGCUUAAUAUUUUGAAAUUGGUGGUAUCGCGUUCAGCCAGUCUUGUUGUACCAAAUGAUAUUCCAAAAUCUUAUGGUGGUGACAUAAACUCGCCUGAAAUUUCAUUUACAAAAAUUUUUAACAAUGUGUCCAAAGAACUGCCUGGGAAGACCUUAGAUUUUCAUUUUGACAUAUCAGAGACCCCAAUUAUUGGGAACAAAUAUGGUGAUCAGCACAGUGCAACGGGUAGGAAUGGCAAAGCUAAAGUCAUUGCUGUUACAAGAAGUACAUCUUCCACUUCCUCCGGAUCGAAUUCUAAUGCUUUGGUUCCUGUGAGCUGGAAGAGGCCACAGUUAUCUCAGCGACGAACAAGGGAGAAACUAAUGAAUGUAUUAUCUCUUUGUGGUCCAGAAUCAGGAAUUCCCAAGAACCCUUCUGUUAUCUUUUCUUCUAAUGAAGACUUAGAAGCUGGGGACCAGCAAACGAGUCUUAUUUCAGCCACAGAGGAAAUCAUUCAAGAAGAAGAAGUGGUUGUAGAAGAUAACACAAGUGAACAGCAGUUUGGAGUUUUUAAAGAUUUUGACUUUUUAGAUGUUGAGUUGGAAGAUGCAGAGGGAGAGAGUAUGGACAACUUCAACUGGGGUGUCCGUAGACGUUCACUGGACAGUAUUGAGAAAGGGGACACACCGUCUCUCCAGGAGUAUCAGUAUUCAGGUAGCACUCCCAGCUUGAACCUGACCAACCCAGAAGAUACGGAUGAGUCCUCAGAAGAAGAAGGCCUGAGCGCAAGUCAGAUACUGUCACACUCCCAAAUGCUAAACAGUGAUUCAACUGCCGAUGAUGCCAUACCAGAUCACAUCAACUUGUUGCUGCAAUCUCAAGAUUCCACUAGCAGUGUUGGAAUGGAAGAGGUGCUUCAAAUCAGAUCUGAGACCCCAAGUUUGGAAGUUGCCUCUCUAGAUAAUGCUAACAACACGCUGCCUGAGGUGGGGAGAAAUGCGGGCUCGAGCAUGGCUGAUCUGUCCUCUUUCUAUCGCUUGGUCUCUUUCAGCUUCUAUUUUAUUUUGCAGUGGCUAAAAGACUGCAAAAGGACAUUCGGUACAGAUGAUGGGAUUCAUGGAGCUACCACAGAUGCUCAGCAUUUGGAAAUUCUAGCAGAAUUAGAGCUGUGUCGGAGGCUGUAUAAGCUGCAUUUCCAGCUGCUCCUUUUAUUUCAAGCCUAUUGUAAACUUAUCAGCCAAGUGAAUGUAGUGAAAAAAGAGGCAGAGGUGAUAAACAUUUCAGAAGAGCUUGCUCAGUUGGAAGCCUGCCUGAAAGAAGCGGCUGAGUCUGUUUCUUAUAGCAGUAUUGAAGACGCUGAAAUCCCAGAAGGUUCUCAGACCAGCACAGAGACAGCCAUUCAUUCGCUCAUUGAAACCUUGCGGAAUAAGGAAUUCUUCUCUGCUAUAGCACAAGUCAAAGCGUUCAGGUGCAUUUGGCCCAAUGACAUAUUUGGCGAUUCCGAAGAAGAUCCAAUUCAAACCCUCUUGCACAUAUUUUUCCGUCACCAGACCCUUGGCCAGACUGGUAGUUUUGCAAUAGUUGGCUCAAAACAGGAUAUGUCAGAAGCCAGCUCAAAAUUAAUGGAACUGAAUUUAGAGAUUCGGGAAUCCCUGCAUGUGGUGCAGUCAUACCAGCUUCUUGCAAAACACACGGCUGUGAGAAAUCUCAGUACAGGAUUUUGAACCUCAGAAGAAGACUAAACAAUGGGGAGGGAGUCCCUUUUAUCAAGCACCUUUCAUAUCAAAUGAAACUCUUCUAUUCUCCAGGGAAGAACUUUUUUAGAAACAAGUUGCAUAGCGUAGUAACAGUUCUCAAAACAGCUGACAUCAUCUUUAAUGCUUUUUUUUAAUACCUAGUAUCAGUAAUACGAACUCUUUAAAAAAUUGCAUUAGAGAAAAGGGCUAAAAGCAAUGCCUAUAAAAUGCAUUUUUUCCCAUCAUAAACAGAAAGUACAUGGAGUUGCAAUAAUAGCCUCUUAAACUUGGAGAUAAUUAAAGCAGGUGAAAUGAGGCUAAAAUGAACAGUGGAUGUUUUGGCUGAAGACCUGUGAAAACUUUCUGGCUUUUAGACAGUAAAUAGUCAAAUAAUGUUGAAUUCAUAAUUUUGACAGUGUCAUGAGGAAUGUGCUGUAUUAUACCGGAUAUAUAAAAGACUGCAAAAUCCAUUGAUUUAUCAAUAUUGUAUUUACAAUUUAUUCUAUUUUUGCCUGUAAUGAUAAAAUUUAUGCGUGUGAGUAGGAAUGAAUGGCUAUCCAAUCAUCAUAUUUUGAGGAUAUGGAUGUUUGAUAAAGUUUGAGCAUGCCGAAAAAAAGCACUGCAAGAUUAUUUUUGGAAAAAAGUAUAUAUUUUUAGCGUUAAUUCCUAGUCUGUAAAUGUUCUGGAGUUUAAUAAUAUUUAAAACUGGAAUUAUCCAGGUUUUUUUUUUAAAAAAAGGAAUAAUAUAUCUCUAACUGGUUUGGAAUGCUGCUCAGUUUUCUGAUCAGUGUUUAUAACAAAAUAACUGAUAACUAACCAAAAAGUAGCUGCUUGCAGAGACUUUAAAAAUGUAUAUUAAAGAUGCCUAUUGUCCUUCAGAACUCACUAGAAAAAAAAAUAACUUAUUUUAUUCUGUACAUAUUCUAGAAAUUGUAUAGUGUAAAAUCCAGUAUUUUUUGUAUAAAUGUUCAAUGACGUUUUAUUUGAGAAUAGUGUUCACGGCUUGGGGGGGGGAGUGGGGGGGGCAAGAUAGGACAGUGUUUAUAUCUGUUGUUCCGCAGAGUUCAAGAGAAAGUUUUAAGCAGGCAUGUUUCCCAUGAUUUCUCUUUUAAGCAAAGGCAUUGGGGACUACGACAGGGGGAGGACGCAGCCUACGGAUCCCAAAAGUCAGCUUUGUAAUUCCUUCUCCAAGCAUGCAGCAUAAAAGUAACUGAAUUCCAUUUUUUUAAAAAAUACAUUUUAAUGAAGCAAAAAGGGUGAAUGUAAUUCCUCUAUUCAAUGCCAAUUGAAUCCCCAACAUUUUAUGUAUCUCAUGCACUGUGAUUAAAAAUAAAACAAGUUUCCAGGGAGUAAAACACGAAAGAGUUAGCGUGGGCUUUUUUCAUUGGGGAAAUCAGUCCCGUUAAAUAUGUUGAAAGGCAGUCUUUAUUUACACAACUAUUGGACGGAUAACACAAUUCUUGUUCCAUUUCAAAACUCUUGUUAACAAGAUAUAUAGCGCAUUCAUAGUCAUUUUUUUAUCCUGGUAAAAUUGAAUUAUUUUGAAGUUUCUGUGUUACUUUAGGUUGCGUUCUUAAUUAUUUAAUAACCCAUUACAAGUAUACAUGUAGUUUUUAGUUGUAUAAUUUUUACAUAUUUUAUCAUUCUCCUUUGUGUGUGUGUUUUGUUUUUUAGGGGGGGCUUGUUCAAAUAAAAAUGUCAAUCUAC